AUGUCACAACGAUAUAUAUUAACAUCAAAUAUCUCACAAACAGAUAUUAGUAAUAGUGUACAUGAAAUGGAUAUUAUUGAAGAAGGUGGAGGAUCAUAUGGAAGUGAUUUAUUGAGUGGCUCAUAUCCAAUUAAGGUUCUUGCUUAUAAAGUUGAUACACCAUUACCAUUAUCAACAACGACAAGUAUUAAUAGUUCACUGAAUUAUGCAGUUGAAUUACAGAUUGGUGAACGAGAAAAAAUUGGUCAGGGUACAUUUGGAAAAGUUUACAAAGCGAAAUUAAUCACAACACAAGAAAUCGUUGCUAUAAAAGAAGUUGAAAUUGAAGAAAAAUUUAAAUCUCGAGAAUUAGAUAUACUUAAAACAAUGAUUCAUCCAAAUAUAGUUCGAUUAAAAUAUUUUUUUCAUUCAUCAUCCAUAAAAGAUAUUUUAUGUCUUAUUAUGGAAUAUAUGCCAAUGAGUGCUCAUCGAUUAAUAUCAAAUUAUCGACAUAAUCAUAAAAUACUUCCAUUAUUUUAUAUUAAAUUAUUUUGUUAUCAAAUGUUACGAGGUCUUGGAUAUCUUCAUAUACACGGCGUUGCACAUCGAGAUGUUAAACCAGCUAAUAUGAUUGUUGAUUAUGAAGCAGGAAUAUUGAAAAUUUGUGAUCUUGGUAGUGCAAAAAAAUUAAAUAAAAAUGAAAAAUCAGUUUCAUAUGUUUGUACUCGCUAUUAUAGAGCUCCAGAACUUUUACUUGGUUGUACUGAAUACACAACAGCUGUUGAUAUAUGGUCAGCAGGUUGUUGUUUAGCUGAAUUUCUCAAUGGUUAUGCUAUAUUUCGUGGUAUUGAUUCAAGUGAUCAAAUGUAUCGCAUAAUAAAAAUAAUUGGUAUUCCAACACGAGAUGAAUUACGUGAAAUGAAUCCACGUUAUACAGGUUCAGUUGAUUUAACUGUAAUUACAUUCACACCACGUACAUUACGUGGUUAUUUACCUGAACGUACACAAGAAUCAGCAUUUAUUUUACUUGAACAAUUAUUAAAAUAUAAACCAAAUGAACGUUUAACAUGUCAAGCAGCACUUGCAUCGGAAUUUUUUUCUGAAUUAAAACAACAUUCUAUUUUAUUACCAAAUAAACGUAAUUUACCACCAUUAUUUAAUUUUCGUGAAGAUGAAUUAUCAAAAAAUUCACAUUUAUAUUCAGCUGUUGUGCCUGAUUUUAUACGAAACAGUCUUACUGACCUACAUGAUAUUGAUAAUCAUAAACUAAUAGUGAAAUAG